UGUUUAUAAUAACGAAUCUACUCGUCUGUCGUACUACUGCUUUCUGAAUUUCUGAUUCCUGGUUAGUGGUUUUACCUUUUUAGUUAUUACUUUUUUUUAAAUAUGAAAAUUGUAUUGUCUGUACUCUAUACAAAAUAAUUGAACAUAUUCAAUGAAAUAAAAACAUAAAAUAAUGAAGAAGGCAUCUUUUGGAAGACGUUCGUCAGCAGCUGGGCGAAACACUUUUGGCACAUUUGGACGACAGAAUUCAUUUGAUGGAAAUGAUAUAAAAUUGAGUCGUCGAGAAAGUCGCGGUAUGGAAAAAAAAUCACUGCUUUUGAAACCUGGAUUCUCUGCAAAAAAAAGAUCUGCAUCCUCAGACAAUUUAUCUGCACAUGAUCCAAAACAAUGGUCAUCAACUGUGAAAAAGCCAGCCAACCAACAAAGGAAUACUUUAGUUCGUUCAACUACAUCCAUGAAUAUUACUGGUAUUAAUUUAGUUGCAUCUACACCAUGUGUUACRCCUGGGCUUAAUCCAAAUUUACCAGGAAUAAAUUCUAGUUACAAGAAUCGAAGGCUAAGCUCAGAAUCACGUUAUAGUAACUAUGGUGGUGUACUUAAGAAUAGAAAAGAAGUGCGACCAUUGACUGAAAAAGACUUUCAACAAACAGCUAUAUAUAAAGUACUAAUUAUAAAUGCUAGUCAUUCCUUUCCUCAAGUAGUUGGUUUACUUCUCUGGUUAGUAGAAUUAUGUGAAACUCAAAAUCGAUUUAACGUUAUGGAUACAUUGUAUCCAACAAUUCUUGAUCCAGACGAGUCUGAAGAUGAAGAUUAUGAACAAACAGUGGAAUUUAAGAUGUACUUGCCAUUUUUAUUAAAUUCAUAUCAAGUUGAGAGUAGAGGAUCUAAUAAACCUGCAGAUCAAGAAUUCCUUAAGAAACAAGAAGAGCUCUUACUGGAAAAUUAUAAAAAAACACUCGGUGUUGAUGAAGAACUAUUGAUUAAACUAGAAGCAGAAGUUAAUAGUCAUAAAGAAGAGCUAGAUUUACUAAAUGACCUUACUGAAGAACAGAAAUUGGAGGAAAUGAAAGCUAUGAAAGUUGCAUUACAAAAAGAUAUUGUGAACUCAAAAAAAUAUAUCAAAGAUUUACAAACUUGUCAUGGAGAAGUACUGGAAUAUAUUUCAAAGAAAAAAGACGAACGUGUUUAUCAAGAAAAAGAUAUUGAAAACUUACAAAGGGAAUUAAAUGCGGUCAAUAGUUGUAUCAAUGGUCAACAGAUUACUCAAGUCGAUAAAAAAAAUAUUGAAGAAGAUAUAAUUAGUCUGAAACAAGACAUACAAUAUGAAACAAAUUGUUUAGAAGAAUACUCAAAUAUAGUGUAUUCUGAAGAUUUAAAUGUUGUUGAUGUUAGAUUAAAAGUUAGUAAAUUAUUCGUACAGUACAAUAAACUGUGUGCAGAAAAUAUUGUUGUAUUACCUGAACUUGAAAAUGCAAUAGCGGAUAAGAAUGUACUUGCUUUGCACAUAAGAGAAUCUUUGAAAGAAGUUGAUGAAUUACUGAAAAGUUUAAAAACUAAAAAUGUUGAAAAACUGAAAGAAGUUGAACACAAAAUGGCUUCUAUACAAAUAGAACUGGACUCAGCAGAGCUGGAGUAUAAUAAAUUGAAGAAAAUAGCUGAAAAAUUAGGUCCUGAACGUGAUGCUGAUAAAAAACGCCUGCUAGAAAUCACUGAUCGUCAGUUUGAGGUAAUUAUGAUUUUAAUAUUCUAA